GACCAAAUAAAUGUGAUUAUUAAAUUAAAUUUAUGAAUAUAUAUCUUGAAGAAAACCCUCGAGAAAUAAAGAUAAAAUUAUUUGGGGAAGAAAGACAAAUCGGAUUAAACACAGAAUUCUUCGAACUCAGAAGAAGUAAAAUCUAUCAGCGAUUACACAUACAUACAGAUACAGGAUGGGGAUUGUUGGAAAUCUGAAUUCGGAGCAGCUUCAGUUCUUCAAUUCUGAUGGGUAUUUGGUGUUGGAAUCUUUCGCCAGCUCCGAUGAGGUCAAAUCGCUCAGGCUGCAAAUGGAUCAAUUACUCGAUCAAUUUGAUUGUUCCACCAGCGCUUCCAUUUUCUCCACCAAAAACCAACAAACAACCACCGAUGACUACUUUUUUGAAAGUGCUGAGAAGAUUUCCUUCUUCUUUGAAGAAAAAGCAUUUGAUGAUGACGGCAAGUUGAAGCAACCAAAGCAACUCUCGAUAAACAAAGUUGGGCAUGCAUUGCACGAAAAGGACCCUGUGUUUAAGAGCUUUUCAAGCUCAGAGAAAAUGACAAGUUUACUGUUCUCUCUCGGUUACAAAAGGCCAGUAGGCAUUCAGUCCAUGUACAUUUUCAAGCAACCUGGAAUCGGCGGUGAGGUGGUCCCACACCAGGACAAUUCAUUUCUAUACACAAAUCCAACAACUUGCACCGGUUUAUGGCUUGCUUUAGAAGAUGCAACAAUCUUAAAUGGUUGCCUCUGGGCUAUUCCUCGAUCUCAUAAAGAUGGCCUUGUAAGAAGAUUUAUCAGAGACGAGACAGGUGUCCACUUUGACAAGCCAUCUCCACCGUACGAUCAGAAAGAUUUUGUCCCGAUAGAAGAAAAAGCUGGCUCUUUAGUAGUCAUUCACGGGGAUUUGAUUCAUCAGAGUUUCGAGAACAAGUCAUCGACUUCUCGGCAUGCAUACAGCCUUCACGUGGUUGAUACUGAUGGAUGUAAAUGGGCAGAGGAUAAUUGGAUCAGAAGAAACGCGGAUCCUGAGCCUCUGUAUGCAUCUUGAGAAUUGCUACCUAAGUAUAAUUAACUUGAGUUAAGCUUGUAAUCUACUGUCUUUGGUCUACUGGAUAAUAUUUAUUUCCCUUUAAUCAAGUUACAUACGAUUACAAAUUUAGCCUUCU